UUUGACUAUAUAAGGAUGAUUCUAAACAAACCGGAUGCUGUAGAUGUUUUCAUAGCUUUUAUGGCUCACGAAAAUAGAAAUUAUCAUUCGUAUACCAUGCCAUUGUAAGGAUACAAAUGUGCAAGAUAUUGGAAUUUGGGAAAAAUUCAGAAGGAAGAUCAUAUGAGCUCCUACAGUCUGAUCUAUCUGCCCACCCUUCCUAUCAUGUUCAUUUCUCUUUUCCUUUGAAGGUGAUCAUGGCUAUGAGAAUAAAGAUCCCAGUGAAAAAUUCGAAGUGAUCAGGCAUGGAGGCGGAAUGGAGAAGGAACUGGAGAUGCAACUAGAAAGUCAUGAGAGAAGCCAGUCAAAGAAUUGGAAUCAGGAAAGCUUAUCUUCCAUGGAUGCUGAGACACAAGGCUUUCUUGCCCAACAAGGAAAAAUAAAGGAAAAGUAUGCUGGAAAAAGUGUAAUACUAUUAAAAGACAAAUUAGUUGUAAAUGAUCACUCUCCAACCCAACCGAAAGGAGAACAUUCUGUCUGCAGAGACAAUAGAAAAAACCACAAUUGGACUUUCACUCUUUCCUGUGAAGAUGGGUCCCUUACAUCUCAUGAAAGGAUCCACAGAGGGGGAAAACCAUAUAAAUGUUUGGAAUCUGGAAUGAUUUUCAGAACAAGCCGUCAAGUUACUUCACAUGAAAGGUUCCAGACAGGGGAGAAACCACAUGCAUGCGCGGAGUGUGAAAAAAGCUUUCGUAGUAGGAGUGGACUUACUUCCCAUAAAAGGAUCCACACAGGGGAGAAACCAUAUAAGUGCAUUGAGUGUGGAAAGAGCUUCAGGACCAGCAGUCAACUUACUUACCAUAAAAGUAUCCACACAGGGGAGAAACCAUAUAAGUGCAUUGAGUGUGAAAAGAGCUUUCGUAGUAGGAGUGAACUGACUUCCCAUAACAGGAUCCACACAGGAGAGAAGCCAUAUAAAUGCAUGGAGUGUGGAAAGACUUUUACUCAAAGCUGUAAACUUACUUCCCAUAAAAGAAUCCACACAGGAGAGAAGCCAUAUAAGUGCAUUGAGUGUGAAAAGAGCUUUCGUAGUAGGAGUGAACUGACUUCCCAUAACAGGAUCCACACAGGAGAGAAGCCAUAUAAAUGCAUGGAGUGUGGAAAGACUUUUCGUCACAACAGUAAUCUUACUUCCCAUCAUAAAAGAAUCCACACAGGGGAGAAGCCAUAUAAGUGCAUGGAGUGUGGAAAGAGCUUUCGUAGUAGGAGUGAACUUACUUCCCAUAAAAGGAUCCACACGGGGGAGAAACCACUUGAAUGCAUGGAGUGUGGAAAGACUUUUCGUCACAACAGUAAUCUUACUUCCCAUCAUAAAAGAAUCCACACAGGGGAGAAGCCAUAUAAGUGCAUGGCGUGUGGAAAGAGCUUUACUACUAGGAGUGAACUUACUUCCCAUAACAGGAUCCAUACAGGGGAGAAGCCACAUGAAUGCUUGCAGUGUGGAAAGAGUUUCAGAAUAAGCCGUCACCUUAUUGCCCAUAAAUGGAUCCACACAGGGGAGAAGCCAUAUAAGUGCAUGGAGUGUGGAGAGAGCUUUCGUAGUAGGAGUGAACUUACUUCCCAUAAGUGGAUCCACACAGGGGACAAUCCAUAUAAGUGCAUGGAGUGUGGAAAGACUUUUACUCACAACGGUAAACUUACUUCCCAUAAAAGAAUCCACACAGGGGAGAAGCCAUAUAAGUGCAUGGCGUGUGGAAAGAGCUUCAGAAUAAGCAGACACCUUAUUGCCCAUAAAUGGAUCCACACAGGGGACAAGCCAUAUAAGUGCACAGAAUGUGGAAAGAGCUUUCGUAGUAGGAGUGAACUUACUUCCCAUAAAAGAAUCCACACAGGGGAGAAACCAUAUAAGUGCAUGGAGUGCGGAAAGACUUUUCCUCAAAACAGUUCACUUACUUCCCAUAAACGGAUCCACACAGGGGACAAGCCAUAUAAAUGCUCAGAGUGUGGAAAAAGCUUUCGUAGUAGGAGUCAUCUUACUUCCCAUAACAGGAUCCACACGGGGGAGAAGCCAUAUAAGUGCCUGGAGUGUGGAAAGAGCUUUCGUACUAGGAGUGAACUUACUUCCCAUAAGUGGAUCCACACAGGGGACAAUCCAUAUAAAUGCAUGGAGUGUGGAAAGACUUUUACUCAGAACGGUAAACUUACUUCCCAUAAAAGAAUCCACACAGGGGAGAAGCCAUAUAAAUGUACGGAGUGUGUAAAGAGCUUCAGAACAAGCAGUCACCUUAUUACCCAUAAACGGAUCCACACAGGGGAGAAGCCAUGUAAGUGCCUGGAGUGUGGAAAGAGCUUUCGUACUAGGAGUAAUCUUACUUCCCAUCAUCAAAGAAUCCACACGGGGGAGAAGCCAUAUAAGUGCAUGGAGUGUGGAAAAAGCUUUACUACUAGGAGUGAACUUACUUCCCAUAAAAGGUGUCAGGAUCUACACAAGCCAGAACCUUCGAUUGCUUUUAAUUGAGUUUCACAAUGUAUAUUACAUGGUUAAUAGUAAAAAUGGUAAUUGCAGCCCGCUUUUCUUGACCUGCCAUUGAAGUGGGGAAAGGAUGCCAGGUGCUGUUAUCUUUACACAGGCAUCUCCAAGGCCAAGCACUGUGAGAACUGGAGCAAGGCGCGAAGAAUUUCAAGCGGGAAGAGAAAGGAACAAGGGGGGCAGUUUGGGCUUAAAAAGGAGAGGUUUUGCUUUGUAGAAUUAGACUCAACAAUCUAUUGCUGCUGUGCAUUUCUCCCAAUA